CAGACGAGGGCCCAUCACCGGCUUGCACACUCCCGCGGACCGGGAGCUCACCACCUCUCAGCGGAUAGCUCCUCCCUACGAUUCCCCGUGGUGCCCUGGAUCCUGCUAGCGAGACACAGUCACGGUGACCAGAGAGUCUCCGGCAUUCCAGAAACAGGAGCUGCUAUUAUCGGUCAAGCCAACCAGCACACUUCCCAUGCGGCCCACGCCAAAGCCAGCCAGGAUAUGAAGAGUAGUACCCUGUCGCACCAGGCCUUCUGCCUGCCUCAUCCAACCCUCAGGACAUCACGGCUGGUUUCUUCAUCUUAUACCCAACGCAGCUGAGUUGGUCACGCAAGUCACACAGCCAAUCAAUCUAGGAUGGAAUCAGGACUGACCCCAGACUGGGCAACAAUUCUUCAAUGAAGCCGCACGGUUUCUCCGCAGGUUAACAACUUGCACAUUUAUUAAAAGAACUUGCUGACUAUCUCCUCAAGCACAGAACUAUACUUGCAAACCCAACAGCAAGUAUGGGACAGGAUGACCAAGGCUGACACAAUUCACAGCUGGAGAUUUCGUAGCAGUGGUUCCAGCCAGGAGUCUCCUGAUAUCCAGUUGCUAAAUACAGGCUUCAGACAAAGCAAUGGAACCACAGUCUGGACACUAGGGUAGGACGAGACCACCUUUCUCCAGGGAAAGCCAUGGAGACUUCAGGAUCCCUUCAAGACCACAGUCGAGUUCAUGGAGAAUCAGAAGAUCUAGACUAUGGAGAGACGAAUUUCCACAAGCAAGACCAGGAGGCCAGACUCGUUUCUCAAGGACAAGAUGAGAGAGACAAGUCUUCCUCCUCUUCAUCAUCCUCCUCCUCGUCCUCCUCGUCCUCCUCGUCCUCCUCGUCCUCUUCCUCAGAGAACAGUGAUGAGGACCAGCACCCCCGCGUAACCAGAGAACGUCGGCACAGCCAGGGGGCUGGACUCCCCCGCAGGGGCGGCUCACCCGGUGCUGAGCAUGGGGAACCUGACAUUUUGAAAGAUGAGCUUCAACUCUAUGAAGGUGCCCCCAGGGACAUGGUGCCUUCAGGAGAAUCAGGACUCCGAAGGAGAGGCUCUACUCCCACGAGUGGUAAAUACGCAGGAGAAGUGGAGGCCUCUCAGCUAAGAAGACUGAAUAUAAAGAAGGACGAUGAGUUUUUCCAUUUCAUCCUCCUCUGCUUUGCCAUUGGGGCCGUGCUGGUGUGUUAUCACUAUUACACAGACUGGUUCAUGUCCCUUGGGGUCGGCCUGCUCACGUUUGCCUCCCUGGAGACUGUUGGCAUCUACUUCGGCCUGGUGUACCGAAUACACAGCGUGCUGCACGGCUUCAUCCCCUUCUUCCAGAAGUUUCGGCUGAUAGGCGUCAGGAAGACUGACUGAGGCCAGGCCCCGGUGUGACCACCACCGCAUCCUCUCCACCCACGAGGACAGAGUGGCAUCCUGGGAGACACGCGGGCGGGCCACGCUAGAGCAAUAAAGACAGCACUUUGCCUUC